GCCGCGAAAUAUUUCCGCGUUGAAUGCCCCAACAAGCUCUCAGUUUGGAUGUGUCUCAUUCGAAGUUUACUUGUUGUGUAACUGAGAGGUGAUUGUGAACACGGCAUAUAUUUCGGACGUUAUUACAAUAGGAGUAUCUCGUAACACAAGAGCUACCUGCAGCGUCUGUUGUCUGGUGAAGAUUAACCAAGAUGUCAGCAAUCGCAAACACAUCCAACUAUGACAAGAUCCUAUAUCACCGAGACGACAUAUAUGCCAUCCAGGUUUUACCAGCCGUUUUGAUCCUCGCUAUCCUGAUGUUAGUAGGCGUUAUUGGUAACUCACUCGUGUGUUAUGUAUACCUCGUCAAGCUAAAGCCGAACGUUGUGACAUACUUUAUAAUCUCUCUGGCCCUUCUGGAUUUCCUGAACUGCGUCAUCAGCAUUCCAUACGAAAUCGCAGUGAUGAGAUACAAUUAUACAUUUGGCACGUCAAACGCCUGCAGAGCUGUGCCUGUAAUGAUUUACAUUAUAUCGUUAACGUCUGCAUUCGUCCUAGUUGCGGUAGCCGUCGACCGAUUUCGGAAGAUUUGUAAACCGCUCAAAAAGCAAGUAACUCCAUUCAUGGCAAAAGUAGCUGUCGGCAUCUGCUGUGUUGGGGGCACUGUGGUUUCAGUGCCUGUUAUUAUUCUCUAUGGACCAAGCACCAUUACAACACAUGAUUUUAUCAACGGGUCAAGAUGCAGUGUUGCUGAUGAAUACAAAGGAACCACUUUUCAAAUAGUCUACCAUGGCACAGAGUUCAUUAUCUUCAUCAUGUGCACAACUUCUCUAAUCGUUCUGUAUGCAUUGAUAUGGCGACAGCUUGCACGUCAAAUACGGUUCAGGAAUGCUAUGCAUCCAGCAGGACAAGGUAACAUCUCUGUAAAGACGACAAGAGAUGUUGAGACCACAUCAACCACUGGCGAGACGUCGUCAUCUUACGAGACUGGAGAAGGAGUAACAUCAAUGCCAAAUGAUCAAUUAAUCACCCAAAAGACUGAUACCUUGGUUUCCUCGGGUCAUACUCCCGCAGACCAAUCUACGAAAGACGACGACGACAAACAACACCCACCAAUAGACAAAAUGAGUCCUCGUCGCAGGUCAACAGCGUUUCGCAGACGUGAUACGAUGACAUCGCCACAGAGCAAAAGAGCGCGGAAGACGACGAUGAUGAUGUUUCUUAUCACACUUGUGUUUAUCUUGAGUUUUCUGCCCCAUCUAGCAAUAAUGAUAGCCGCAACGAACAACAAACAUCUCUACAGUAGUCUGCAGGGAGCGCAGAUCGCGGUGUACAAUCUGUUUGAAAGAUCCUAUCUUUUUAAUAGCGCCUUCAAUCCCAUAGUUUACAGCUUUUUCAGUGACAAGUUUAGGAGAGAGCUUAAGAUCAUAUUUGGGAGACACUAAACAAUCCCGACGGUGAACCUCUCUUGGUCCUUAUGUUGAUUAAAAACAAGAAUUUGAGUAGACCGAGUGCCCCAUUAAUUGUAGGAGUGGAUAUUGAUGGUCAGAUCGAUUAAGAGGACCAUUAUCGGAUGAUCGUUGAUCCGAUGAUUGACGAUUGUUCAUCACAUAGUUAACAAGAUUGAUUUUGGUUGGUUCUGACAACAUAUGGAUGACUUGAAAAGAAAUGUCAAAUUGUACAGAUUGGUGCAAAUCGAAUUUCCUGUUUCUAAAUGCGAAAUAAGGAAGUAAUAAGUUUUAGAAUGCCAUUCACGUCGUUUGAAAGCCUAUGGUGUCCAUAGUCAACCUAAUUUAAAUAUUUAAGGAAAGUAAUACGUUUUAUGAUUUUUGUGUUUUGCUUUUUAACAAAUACUCAAUUUUAUAAAUAUCGGCACAUGAUCAGUUUCUUUUGCCUUUGAGUAUAUAUCGUCUAUACGCAUUUCUGUACACUCAUCACGUCAAGUAGGCUUCAUCCGGAAAUGAGGAUACAAUUUUGUCGUUGACAUCUUUGUUUACAUGUAGCUAGUUUCACACACACUAAUAUGUGAAUCAAUUGAAAUGUCACGUGACACUUCAACAAUGCCAACCCUGUCACUGAAACUGCAUAAAACAGGCACCUAAAUUAACAAAAAUGCGUGUUUUUCAACGCCUCACUCAGUUAUUCCACCAAUAUAAGGCGGCCUGUAAAUAAUCGAGUCAGGACAAGACAGUCAUGAGCAUCAAUCCACAGAAUUAGGACACAGUAGCAUGCAGUCAAACAAGUCACCGUGUCUCACCAUCCUAUCCACUGAAUCGAAUCUUACUUCAAACACAGCUAGCUUGGGACCAAGUAUAAUCCGAAAGGUCGCUUUCAAGUAGCUUGUAGAAUGUUAUGUUUGACAUUCUAUAACUCUAAAGCUGCACAUUCAAUAAAACAACAUUGUGGUGCAAAUUCUCAACGAACCCUUGUUGGGGAGAAUAGCUUCAUGUAGGUCCCUACUUUCUGGGGGCACGGGUGGCCAAGUCGUCUAAGGCGCCGCGAUUCGCUGUGCAGAGUUGCGUCCCUUGGGCACGCCAGAAACCUAUGAUUGUGGGUUCGAAUCCCGGUUCGCCCCGAUUAUGUUU